GUAAUUCUAUAACCUACGUCGCGCGCCCACCAUGUUACGUGCUCGCCCCCUUGCAACCUUCAAGCCUCUUGUGUCAAGGACGUAUGCCACCGCUGCGAGUCCGCAUGCUCUCGUUUAUCUCGAACAUCGGGGAGGUGUAAUCGAACCAGGUUCGCUGUCCGCUUUGACCGCAGCGGAGAAGCUUGGAGGCCAGGUCACCGGUCUCGUCGUAGGUUCCCCGGAAGAGGUGCAGCAGGUGUUGCCUAAGGCGCAGAAGUUGAAGGGUUUGACCAAUCUGCUGCAUGCCUCUUCGCCCAGUUAUGAACCACCAUUACCGGAGACGGUCUCUCCUUUACUCGAGAAGGUCUUACAGGGAUCAUCCUUUACGCAUGUUGUCUCCGCGCACUCCGCAUCCGCAAAGUCACUACUUCCUCGCGUGGCCGCGAAGCUCGACGUUCCAGCUGUUUCUGACAUCACGUCUGUCGAACACGACCGCUCAACAGACAGCACGACCUUCACUCGCCCCAUAUACGCUGGUAAUGCCAUUGCGACAGUCCGCGCAUCCUCAGACAUUGCGCCCAAGUUCUUCACCGUGCGCUCGACCGCGUUCAGCGCUGCUCCAACAGACGGAGCCGAAGUGGAGGCCAAGUCUAUCGAUCCUGUAGAGAUUUCGGGUGCACGGUCCGAACACAUCAAGACCGAGCUGACAAAGUCCGACCGUCCGGAGCUGGGUGCAGCGAGCCGUGUUGUUUCGGGUGGACGCGCUUUGAAAGACGCGAAGACCUUCAACGAGACCCUAGAGCCACUAGCCGAUGUUCUAGGCGCCGCUAUUGGAGCCUCUCGCGCUGCCGUCGACGCAGGCUAUGCCGAUAACUCGCUGCAAGUUGGUCAGACAGGAAAGGUCGUCGCUCCUGAACUGUACAUCGCCGUCGGUAUCUCCGGCGCCAUUCAGCAUUUGGCCGGUAUGAAAGAUUCCAAGCUUAUUGUCGCUAUCAACAAGGACCCAGAUGCGCCCAUCUUCCAGGUCGCCGACGCCGGUCUUGUCGCUGAUCUCUUCGAAGCGGUCCCAGAGUUAGUCAAGAAACUUAAGGAUCAGCAGUAAUGAUUUUAUGUCAUCCAGCAGCGAGAAUAUACAGCUCGGAAACUUCUUCGAUGUUGGGGUAGAUUCGGAGUUCGCUGCAAGUUCGCCCAAGCGGGUUGCAUGAUAACGUGUCAUAGCUUCGCAGCCGUCUCCCCAUUUUCCUCCUGACUUGUCUGCAUAUCCAUCCAUCUUAACGCUCUCUCAUAUUGAGCACCUGGGUCUUCGCUAUCGACCCAUCCCCACUGGCCUUGGAACGCCAGAGCCAAUAUCUCUUCGUUGUCCCCGUAGUUGCUCCGGAGUUGACAGAGCUUGCCCGCGUUGUUGGAAGCGUUUAGAAUGUGAUUGGCGAAUGGCAGCCGAACGUGCUCGUAUGCCUUCAGGGCUUGUGAAAGAUUUGCGAGUGUGACUAACGGGUGGCCGAGAAUGCUGGACAGUAUAUAUGCAUCCUUUAAAUCUUAUCUCAG